AAGCGCGGGUUCCUGGCUCUCCGCGCGCACUGCUUUAAUCAGACCGGUGCAGCCUCGAGCUGGAGUGGCCAGCUGGGCCUGGAGCAAUGCGAGCGGGCCCCAGGGAACGGCGGCGGCGGCGCGGCGGCCGAAGGAGCCCCGGCCGGGAAGUGUGGACGCGUUUCUCCCGAGGCCCGGCCGCCUCGCCCGCUCUAGUCCAGCGGAGCCGGAGCGCCUCGGACCAAUCCCCGGUGAUUAUGCAAGACAGCGGACCAAUCAGCUCCGUCAGCUCAUGAAUAUUUAUGACCUUGGCUGAGUCAAAGCUUUGAAGCGAGUUUGGGGAGCUCGGCAGCAUCAUGCUUAGACUUUUCAAAGAGACAAACUCCAUUUUCUUAUGAAUGGAAAGUGAAAACCCCUGUUCCGCUUAAAUUGGGUUCCUUCCUGUCCUGAGAAACACAGAGACCCCCAAAAGGGAAGCAGAGGAGAGAGAGAGACCCACACCCAGACCCCGCGAGAAGAGAUGACCAUGACCACCAUGCCAGAAAGUCUCAACAGCCCCGUGUCGGGCAAGGCGGUGUUUAUGGAGUUUGGGCCACCCAACCAGCAAAUGUCUCCUUCUCCCAUGUCCCACGGGCACUACUCCAUGCACUGUUUACAUUCGGCGGGCCAUUCGCAGCCCGACGGCGCUUACAGCUCGGCCUCGUCUUUCUCCCGACCGCUGGGCUACCCCUACGUCAACUCGGUCAGCAGCCACGCGUCCAGCCCCUACAUCAGUUCGGUGCAGUCCUACCCGGGCAGCGCCAGCCUCGCCCAGAGCCGCCUGGAGGACCCAGGGGCUGACUCCGAGAAGAGCACGGUGGUGGAAGGCGGUGAAGUGCGCUUCAAUGGCAAGGGGAAAAAGAUCCGCAAACCCAGGACGAUUUAUUCCAGUUUGCAGUUGCAGGCUUUGAACCGGAGGUUCCAGCAAACUCAGUACCUAGCUCUGCCCGAGAGGGCGGAGCUCGCGGCCUCCUUGGGACUCACGCAGACGCAGGUCAAGAUCUGGUUCCAGAACAAGCGUUCCAAGUUCAAGAAACUGAUGAAGCAGGGCGGGGCGGCUCUGGAGGGUAGCGCACUGGCCAACGGCCGGGCGCUGUCUGCCGCCUCCCCGCCAGUGCCGCCCGGCUGGAACCCCAACACCUCAUCCGGGAAGGGCUCGGGCGGCAGCGCGGGCUCCUACAUCCCCAGCUACACGUCGUGGUACCCCUCGGCGCACCAAGAAGCUAUGCAGCAACCCCAACUCAUGUGAGGUUGCCCGCCCGCACCCUCCCGCCUCUUUCCCGUCUCCCCCGGCCCGGGCCCCUCCCGCCUCCCGGUCCAUCCACCCUGUCCGCAAGCCCUGGACCCGGAGAAGGACCCGGGGGGAAAGAAGAAGGAACAGCGAAGGCAGGACGCCCGCCAACUCCUUGGAGUCCCGCGCGGUCUGGACCGGCGACUUCCCGGCGCCCGCGCGCUCGCCCUCGCCCCGGCCUGGGCCGCGCGGCGACAGCAGACAGCGGCCUCGGAGCGCGGGCACAACUGCCCGAGACAGCCAGAGCAGCAAGACGAGCCAGCUGGACCCGACCUGCCGACCCUCAGCUGUGUGGGACUAUCAGGAAAAACAAGAACAAUGUAGAAAAAGCAAAAGCUCUUUUCUGUUCUGUCCGUCUCUUGUCUCCUUUCGCUGUGUAUCUGUGCGCUGACGAAGUCGAGGUCCUCGUCCGUCCACUGUCCUCAGUCUGCGGCCUCUGAAAAAAGUCACCAGGUCGGAAGAGGCUCCGGCCGCCGGGCCCCAGCUCCGCAUGCUGGGACGUUUUGCCCUUUCGGACCUUCUCCUGGGCCUGCCUCACCAUCUGUGUAGUUCGUUCGGGAACUGGGGGGAAACUGGAGGGAGGGGUACUUAUUUAUUGAGAAACGGACUUCGCCUGAGGGUGAAUGUUGGCCAAUUCGCAGUUCUGUGGGGCGCAAGGAGCGCACGGUCCGAAAGCGCCGAUUACUUUAAACGCACCCGGAAAAACGAAUAAGGAGGACCUGGUGAUUUUUAACUUCUACAGGAACUUUUGUACUUCGCUGGUAUGGAGAGGUUGGAACCUAAUGCUUUGCAUUUUUACAUGUUCCGUAUUAUUUUUAAAAGAAAAAAAAAAGAGAAAUGAAGCAACACAAUUUUCUCAUCUCGGGAAAAACACUUUGGUCGCUUAGCCUGGACAAGAAGGAAAAUCCUAAUUCCCUCCUUGGGAAGCAAGGGAGAGGACCGAUGGACAGUGAGGAAAAGACAGGCAGGCAGAAAGGAGUGCCCUAGAGCCAGUGAGCUUUAAAGUAAGACAAAAGCAGCACUAAUCCCCAGAGGCUCAACCACAGAAUAAUGCCAGGCAGCACCCUGGACGCCUAGUCUCCAGUGCAGGAUCUAAUCGCUGUACAUAUUAUUAUUGUUGUUAAUUAUUAUUGUUAUUAUUAUUGUUCCGUAAACAUGUUGCACAAGCUUAGCUUUUUUCCGUUCUGUUGUGUGUGGCUGUAAAACCCGAUGCUUUGUGAAAUGAGAAUCUUGACAUUUUACUUGUGAAAUUUGGAAAAUGUGAUCAGUUGAAAUCAACCGUGUUUUGUGUUCUCUAUGUCAAAGUUUAGUUUUAUAUUGAGAAUGUUAACUUAUUGAUUUGUAUCUUGAAAAAAAAGAACUUUGUAAAUAAGUUAUAAAGUUUCUCUGAGACAGUAAAAUUAUGGUUUCGAGAAAGAA